AUGGCGCAAAUCUCUCCCUGUCGAGCUGGGCCUCGCGCUCCUGCAGAGAAGACGUCUGGGGAGUGCAGCGGAAGACUGCCAGGUCGAGUGUGGCAGUCCUCACUGGGACGAGAGAAGAGACGUGCGGACAGUUGGGCGUAUGGAGGCUUCCCCUCUCUCUCACACCGCCAGGCUGCCGCCUUGUAUCCUCCGCUGCUUCUCGGAAUCACCCUCCUCUUCGCCGCUUAUGGCGUCUCGCCCUUCGUCCAGGCAACGCCCAUCGCCGACUUUGAAGCGUUUCCCCUCCUUCAGUACGAAACGUCCGCCUCCAACACUCCAGGCAGCCCGAAAGCUGCGCCUGUCCUCCUCGGGGCUUGGGGCUCCUCGGCUCUGAACAGCGCCUUGGCGGUGGCGACGAUUGUGGCCGAUCAAGUGGGCUCCGCAGGCGAGCGUGGGGCGACUGAACCGCAGCAGCAAACGGGCGGAGAGGGAGCGACUGGAGUGGCCUCUGGGGUGCUCGACGACGAUGGCGCCGCCUCGCUGCUCCAGCAGCCGAUGAUUCAAGAGCAACUGCGCGGCCUGGCGAAGAAGAACAUCUACAUCUUUCGCGCGACGGAAGUGCCCGUCGUUCUUGUGGACGCGCUCCUGGAUCGGGCUCAAAACGUCCUCCUGCUGUUGCCCCCUCGAGGAGAGGAAGAGACAGACGGCGACUCGGACGCGCUCUCUCUCGCCUCUGAAGACAGGCCGGGAAAACGCGAGAACGGAGAAGGCGAAGGAAACGCUUCCCGCCGACCCCACAUGCCCGCCUUGCGCGAAGCAGCUCGUGUGCGGUCUCUGGAGCAGCGCCUGAUUUCGAGGUUCUCCGCUGGUGCAUGCCUCUUUGCCUUUGAAACGCCGCAACUGGCGGCUCUGUACGAAGAGCUCCGGGACCACCAAACGCGCCUUCUCGCAUCUCCCGGUUCUCUGCCCGCGUCGUCCCUUCUGCCGGCCUUUCUUCACAGAGGCCUCGCCCCAACACUCUCCAUUCAGCGCGCCCCGCUGCCUGCCUCGCACUUCGCCGCGGGCCUCCGGGACUCGAUCCGCCUCAGUGCUCCUUUCGAAGGACGGAAUAUGUUUGCUUGGCUUCCUGGCCGCCGGCCUCAGGAGGACGGACCGGCCCCCGCCGUCGCCAUCGUUGCUCAUUACGACGCGUUUGCUGCUGCUCCGCAUCUGGCGUUGGGCGCGGAAGGAAACGGCAGCGGAGUUGCAGCGCUCAUCGAACUUGCGCGACUCUUCUCGCGGCUGUACACGGGUGCGGAUCAAGACGGCUCGCCGACUUCAGCGAAUGGAGGCGCUUCGCCCAUUGAGCCGGGGAACUAUUCGCUGCUCUUUCUUCUGGCCGACGCAGGCGGCGCAGAUUUUGCUGGAGCUGCUCAGUGGCUGGCGAAGACAGAUCCGAGGGUUUUGGAGUCGAUCAGCUAUGUGCUUUGCCUCGACGACAUCGCCGCGUCCCCCCAGCUGUACCUCCACACGGCGAAAAAGUACAAGGAACCGCGUGUGCGGAAACUUCUGCAGAACCUCGAGAAGGCCUUCGUGCAGGCCGGCCUCUCUCUGAGCCUGGAGCCGAGGAAGAUCGUCGUGCGAACGCCUCCCAAGCCUUUCUGGGUCCACGAGCACUUCACCAUGAAGAAGGUGAUCGCAGGAACAUUGUCGUCGAAGCCACACGCCACUGGCCUAUGGGCACGGAGCUCGAUUCUUGAUCAAUCUUCCUCGGCGCAGUCGCGGGCGAAUCUUUUGCGGGUCGUGGGGGCUAUCGCAGAAGGCCUUGCCCACUUUGUGUACGAAGUGGAGGAUUCCUCGGUGAAAAUCAUGGACGGACUGAAUCGUCCUCUCGCGCCCUUCCUCCACGCUUGGCUUGGUCGCGCGUCUCGCUCGCCUCGAUUCUAUGCCUUCCGUCAGACGGACCAGAAUGUAGCCAGAAAGAACCACACACAAGCACCCAGUGCGGCGUUCGCUGACGCGCUGCACGCUGCGCUCGACAAACUCGCGCCUCCGGCCCAAUCGCAAACGUUCUCUCUUCCCGCUUCGGGGACUGUCUUCACCUACGAGCCGCCGAUGUUUUUGAGUGUCGUCGAAACCCGGCCUGCUAUCUUCGAUAUCCUCUGCCUUCUCGCUGCCGUCGCCUACUGCUUCACGAUCUAUUACUCAAUUGUUGGCUGGCAGCUUGUUCUCCCUGCAAUCAGCAACUUGACCUCUUCAGGUACGGCUUUCUUCCUUGACUGUCUCGUGCCUCUUCUUUGCUUUUUCCCGUCCAUUUCGAUCCAGGUCUUCUCUAGCUAA